GAGGAGCUAAAAUAAAAGGCCAAGAUUGUAGAUGAGAAAAUGGAUGAAGAAAAAGAAGACCCCAAGGGAAUUCCUGAAUUUUGGCUGACCAUGUUUAAGAAUGUUGACUUGCUCAGUGAUAUGGUUCAGGAACGUGAUGAACCUAUUCUGAAGCACUUGAAAGAUAUUAAAGUGAAGUUCUCAGAUGCUGGUCAGCCUAUGAGUUUUGUCUUAGAACUUCACUUUGAACCCAAUGAAUAUUUGACAAAUGAAGGGUUGACAAAGACAUAUAGGAUGAGGUCAGAACCAAAUGAUUCUGAUCCUUUUUCUUUUGAUGGACCAGAAAUUAUGGGUUGUACAGUGUGCCAGAUAGAUUGGAAAAAAGGGAAGAAUGUCACUUUGAAAACCAUUAAGAAGAAACAGAAACACAAGGAAUGUGGGACAGUUCGUACUGUGACCAAAAAAGUUUCUAAUGACUCUUUCUUUAAUUUUUUUGCCCCUCCUGAAGUUCCUGAGAGUGGAGAUCUGGAUGAUGCUGCUGAAGCUAUCCUUGCUGUGGACUUUGAAAUUGGUCACUUUUUAUGUGAGCGUAUAAUCCCAAGAUCAGUGUCAUACUUUAUUGGAGAAGCUAUUGAAGAUGAUGAUGAUGAUUAUGAUGAAGAAGGUGAAGAAGGAGAUGAGGAAAAUAAUCCAGACUAUGACCCAAAGAAGGAUCAAAACCCAGCAGAGUGCAAGCAGCAGUGAAGCAGGAUGUAUGUGGCCUUGAGGAUAACCUGCACUGGUCUACCUUCUGCUUCCCUGGAAAGGAUGAAUUUACAUCAUUUG